CUCCCAGAAACCCGGGCAUCGGGAAGGAGCGCAAAUUCCCCCUCUUUUGAGCCUCACGAGGAUUUUCUGGAGCUGGGUUCAUCAGAGCUCACCAGAGCGGGCGCUGGAGUCUUUACCGCGCCGCCAGGGGCGCGGCGCUCGGCCAGGGUGUGCUGGCGCGUGGGCGGCGGCGUCAGUCCCAGAUCGGUGAUUCUGGAGAGGGCAGCCGGCCUCCCGAAGGAGUAGUCGCGGCCCCCGGCAGUCCCCACCACCCCGCCAUCUCCAGCGCCUUCCCCUCUCGCAUCAAGGGAUACCCCCCGCACCUAUACCCACAGCUGUCACUUGUGCAUGCUGGCAGGAGAGGGGACACAAGCAAGAGUGCUCCCUGGAGUCGUCCAGAAGGAUGCCUGGGCGUCGGAUGCGUCCUCUGGCUGCUCUCCAGCGCUGGCUAAGAAAGCAGUCGGGAUGAUGCUCCCAAACUUUCCUUCGCGGAGGCGUUGAGAAGAAACGUCCCUUCCUGAAGCUCGCGGAGAACCCAGAGUCUGGCAUCCAGAGGGGACCAGCAGGGCCAAGCCUGCCGCAGGGGGAAGUUCUCCGGAGCCCCGGAGGUGGCUUAAAGGGAGAAGCUCCAAGGCAGGAGAGGCGUCCCGCUUCCCAGCACCCCCGCAGUGACUGUGACCUCCGCGCCCCCCCACCCCCCGCACACGUGCCCGCGGCUCAGGGACGAGGUCCAGCUGGGCUAGUUGAGCAAGGCGGCGGCGCUCUGGCAGUCCGAGGGCGCAUGGAGGCGCCGAGGGGGGCGGUGCGGCUCGCCUGCGGCGCGGGGGAGCGCGCACGCCGCGCCCCGGUCUCCCCGGGGACCCGGCCGGCCUCUCCCUGCACUCCCCGCUGCCGGGCUCCGGGGCGCGGGCGGCGCGGCGGCACAGGUGUAGCCCGCAGUGGCCGGGCGCGCGCGUAGGAGGGCCGAUUCGGCUCGGCUGCUGGAGUUGCCCGGGGGUUCCGGAACUCCGGGUGUCUGCCUCCCGGGCAGGCUCGGCGUGUCACUUUGCAAAUCGUGGAGGCCAGCGCCUCGAGCUGUCAGCGCGCUCUGCGCGGGGACCGAACCCUGUUUAUUGACUCCGGCCGCCCGGGCUGGACGCAAAUGCCCGCUCUCCUCGGCGGGCCGGGCUCUAGUUGCUGGGCUUAGGCGGCUCGCUGGGCCCGCGCUGGCGCCUCCCCCAUGCUGCUUGGGGCGUCCUGGCUGUGCGCGUCCAAGGCGGCGGCCACCGCAGCUCGGGACGAGGGUGAAGACAGACAGGGUGAGCAGCAGAGAGGGGCCCAGGCGAGGACUGAAGAGGAUAUGGACGAGUCAUCGCUGCUGGAUUUGCUGGAAUGCUCCGUGUGCCUGGAGCGUCUGGACACCACGGCCAAGGUGUUGCCAUGCCAGCACACCUUCUGCCGACGCUGUCUGGAGAGCAUCGUGUGCUCGCGCCACGAGCUACGCUGUCCCGAGUGCCGCAUCCUGGUGGGCUGCGGUGUGGACGAGCUGCCCGCCAACAUACUGCUAGUGCGCCUGCUGGAUGGCAUCCGCCAGAGGCCCCGCACGGGUGCCAGCCCCGGGAGCAGCCCUCCCGCGCGCCCGGGCCCGGGUACGUUCCCAGCACUCGCAGGCAGGGCUGGAGGGGCGACAGGCAGUCCCCCGCGUUCUCCAGUUUUUCUCUCAGCGGCGGCGGCAGGCAGCUCUACCUCCAGUUUGUGCGACGUGGCGACUAAUAGGAGCUUGCCAGUGGCUAAGAAUCUAUCCCAGCUUCCCUAUGCCAAGGCCCUGUACAGCUAUGAGGGGAAAGAACCCGGUGACCUCACGUUCAACAAAGGGGACAUCAUCAUCCUGCGGCGCAAGGUGGACGAGAACUGGUAUCACGGGGAGCUGCAGGGCACACAUGGGUUCCUUCCGGCCAGCUACAUCCAGUGCAUGCGGCCCUUGCCGCAGGCUCUGCCCCAAGGCAAAGCACUUUAUGAUUUUGAGAUGAAGGACAGAGACCAAGACAAAGAUUGUCUGACCUUCACUAAGGACGAAGUUUUAACUGUGAUCCGGAGAGUGGAUGAUAACUGGGCGGAAGGCAUGCUAGGAGACAAGAUAGGCAUCUUCCCUCUCCUGUACGUGGAGCUCAACGACUCUGCCAAGCAACUCAUUGAGAUGGACAAGCUGUGCCCUGCCGCCACCACUGCAUACAACUAUGAUGCUCUCUUGUCCUCUGACCCCAGCACAGUAGCCAGUGUGGCCCCAGGUCCCACCCUAAGUAGCUCGGGGGCAGUCAGUGCCUUUCAACGACGCGUGGACAGCAAGAAGAAUGCCAAGAAGCGUCAUUCCUUCACGGCGCUCAGUGUGACGCACAAAUCCUCCCAGGCUGCCAGUCACAGGCACUCCAUGGAAAUUAGUGCUCCGGUGCUGAUCAGCUCCAGUGACCCCCGUGCCGCAGCCAGGAUUGGGGAGCUUGCCCAUCUGUCCUGCACUGUACCCACCCAGGACUCCCCUUCAGCUGGAGCUGUCCCCACAGCCAUCCCACGAGCUGCCGCGGUGGUUGGAGAACAGGGCGUGUCUCCCAAAGUCCAGCUGCCCCUCAACGUGUACCUGGCUCUCUAUGCAUACAAACCCCAGAAGAAUGAUGAGCUGGAGCUACGCAAGGGGGAGAUGUACCGUGUGCUCGAGAAGUGCCAGGACGGCUGGUUCAAGGGGGCGUCACUAAAAACCGGCGUCUCGGGGGUGUUCCCUGGGAACUACGUGACACCCGUCUCCAGGGUUCCUGGAGGAGGGGCUGGGUCAUCCUGGAAUAAUGUACUUGGAGGGUCUCCACUGGCCAAGGGCAUGGCCACCAUAAUGCACCCUGGAGGUGGGAGUCUGAGCAGCCCAGCCACUGCCACCAGAUCUGCUCUGCCUCUCACCACACUGCAGGAUCAUAUGCAGCAGCAAGCCUCCUCCCUACCAACGGGCAGCUGCCUUCGGCACGCAGCUCAACCAACAGCCAGCCAGGCUGGGGACACCACCAUCCCAACAGCUACCCAUCCCUCGGCCCAGGCCUUGGACCGGCCAACUGCGACCGUGUCACCCCUGCGCACUCAGACUUCUCCGUCCCGCCUGCCCAGCGCCAGUCUCCGACCCCGCUCCGUGGCGUCCCCACAGCACGGCCAGCAGCCCCCAGCACAGAUGUGUCCCCGGCCAGCCAUCCCUUUCACAUCGGCGGCCUCUGCCAUCACUCCCCCCAACGUCAGUGCCGCCAACCUCAGCGGGGAGGUCGGAGGGACACCCAUCAGCGGCCUGUCCACACCCAGCCCCAUCAAUAUGGGCUACAAACCAGAUGACAAGAAAAACGAAAAGAAGGAGAAGAAGAGUGGCCUACGGAAACUGCUGGCUGGGGCCUCGACCAAGAAGAAGUCACGCUCCCCGCCAUCCGUGUCUCCUACCCACGACCCCCAGGCGGCCAUGGAUACCUCACUGCAGGGCGCCAUGGGCCCUGAAGUGUCCCCGUUGACCAUCCACGGCAGGGCAGGUUCCUGCCCCAUAGAGAGUGAGAUGCAGGGCGCCAUUGGGUUGGAGCCGCUGCACAGGAAAGCCGGCUCCCUGGAUCUGAAUUUCUCUUUGUCCCCAUCUCGGCAAGCACCUCUGUCCAUCGCUUCCAUUCGCCCUGAGCCUAAGCCGCUGCCCAGAGAGAGGUACCGUGUGGUGGUCUCCUACCCUCCGCAGAGUGAAGCGGAGAUCGAGCUAAAGGAAGGGGACAUCGUCUUCGUGCACAAGAAGCACGAAGACGGCUGGUUCAAGGGCACGCUGCAGCGCAACGGCCGCACGGGGCUCUUCCCAGGCAGCUUCGUGGAGAGCUUCUGAGGAGCACUGCUCAUGGCUAGCCUCUGCUGUCCAGGAGAGCAGAGGACCCCUUGUCACCCAGGUCCGAGGUUCUUUCUAAAGCACCCGCGAGAGACAAGCGCCUGGGGGUGAUUGAGAUGCAGUUGUCAAGGCCACACUUGGAAGCACACAAGGGCAGUGGCAUGUUUGUGAAGGAAGGCCACUCCUUCAUGUGACCUCCUACUGGAAGCACAUGGGGGUGUCCUUCAAGACCAUGCCACAAGUCUGAGGGAGCAGGAGCACAGCAAACAGGACCCACGUGGAUGAGUGCCCUACUCUGCCACCCAGCGGCUAAAGCGUUAUUAGCUGUCUGUAAGGUUGGGAGCCCGGGAGGGUAUGGAGCAGGGCCGCGUGCCAGGGCUGAGGACAGCAAGAAGAGCAUCUUCCCUGUCUGCCGCGGGUGUCAUUCCUCUAAAUACCUCCAUCACCUGCCAUCAGGCCCCACCGCCAGGACUUUCAUGGUCCAGGAGCCUCAGAGAAGGGCUGUGAGUCUCCCGAGGUGUCCAGUGGGGUUCUGUGGGGCACUGGAGCAGAAUCCUCAUGGCUUUGUCUCCUACCUACCGGGAAAAUGAGGUGCACCAUUCGAUCCCACCGCCGCCGUCUUCACGUUGCUUCCUUCUUACGGCACACCUUUUUAAUGUACAACUCUUAGACUUUAUAUAUUUCUAAUAGGUCAGACGCUGCAUAUUUUUCAUACAUCUGGUGCUGAUUUUUUUUGUAAAACUAGAAACCAACUUGGGUAAGCGUCAAGGGGAGGAAAAGGAGGUAACAUCAAAGGAAAGUUUUCUAUAUGUCCCAAAUGAAGUUUGGAGCAUCUGAGGAAUUCCUAUCUGUAAUAUCAAAACUCCGGCUGGUGCUCCACCAGGCGAGCGGGAGGGCCUGUGGGGAGCGGUACAUGGAGCUGAGUGUCCUUCCUAGCUGUUAGAAAUGGCCUAAACCACAAGCUCCAUUAGAUAGGAGGGGUUGUGAUUAAAACACUGGAAACAUAUUAAGGAAUGGAUACUGACACACACACACACACACACACACACACUCGCUCACCCCAGAAGCUUCCUUUGAUUGCUUUAGAGAGAAUGACUAAAAAUAGCAUUCUUAAAACACAUCUUGCUGCCAGAAUCAGCUUUUACAACAGCUCAGAUCCACUAUCUUGCAAAAGUUUUUUUUUCUCCUUUUCAAAAAUAAAUAGCUUGCCCUGUGAGGCCAGGCAAAACUCCAUCUGCUAAAGACCAAAGGCUCAACGCUAACACAAGCCUGAUGCUUGACUGUAAACUUACGGGGCCUGCAGACACGGGGAAACGACGAGGGCUGGUCUCUGAGGCCUUAUUGUAUUCUCUGUCACAACAGCUUGCUUCCCAGGAGGAUGGCCUGAACAGCUAUCGGGUGUGAGUGUCACACUUUAGGGACACAAUUUUUUUUUCAAAGUUUUCUCAAAAAGUAGCAAUUUGUGAGCCUCUGUGUACAUUUUUAUAAAAUCAGGCGGCCCUGUGUCAAGCCUUUGGUAGCAGAGGCUGUUACGGCUUUUCAUAAUAAAGACCACUUAUCCUCAAAGUCCCUGUUUGGGGAUAUGACUAACUAGUUAUGACUGCUGGGUGCCUACCACAUGGGCGUAAUCACGCCCAGACACUCUCUCCCUCCCCCGGGGGAUAGCACACUUACUGGACAUGAAAACUUUUCUAAGCCAAAGAGAAGCUCUAGCUCAUGCAUUGGGAUCCCUGUGUGCAGGCUCAGUGGGUGACAACCACAUGAUACCUGCUCCGUCACUGCUAAAUUACUUGGCCAUCUGUGCACAACAGAGCUAGGUAUGGCUAAGCCCAUGCUGUCACCAUGGAGGUCCGCACAUCUACAUCCUGGGUGACACAUGGUUUCAGUGGAACCAGAACUAACUCCAAGAUCCCAGAUGAUAAAAAGUCCCUUUUCCUCCUAAACAAGAUGGACCUUGAGCCAACAGAACAGACUUAACUCGGAGCUGUCCUCCUCUCUUGCUCUGGCUGCUUCGUGAAAGAGGAAGCAGCAGUUUCCUAGAAAGCUGAGGACAGUGCCAAGGUAUCUUUGGAAACAUCAGCUGGAUCCUCUCCUAGCAGUUUACACUGGAACCACCUUGGGGAGGGGAACAGGGCCCUGGGGCUCAUUCUCAGGUAGGGCUUUGGGAAUACACAAUGAGUAUUUUGAAUACUCUCAAGCCCUUUAGCCUUCAAAAUCAUGUUUUCCACAGUCAAUGACAGAAAACGAGGUACCUUUCCUAAGGCCAUCUUCCCUUGAGGACACAUGUCUUGUCUACCGAAAUGAAACCAGCACCUCAUCUAGAACCUUCGCAUCCCGUUCUGGCCAGCAGCGUGUGCUCUUCAGUCACACACUUGGAUUUGGUGGGCGUGUGGGCUUCCUUCAGCAGCCUUAGCCCUUCAGAUAGAGGGUCAGCAAGGAGACGGGACAGUCUAGCCCCCAGAGGACUGCCGGAACACGAGAGACAAGAUGGUCUGUAGUGAGGCGUAAAUACAAGGCAGGGCACCCCAAAACCAGCCCAGUAGACAUGGAAGCCCUUGUACUUUGCACAACACACACCAAGACAGAUAGAUGUGUGCACACAUGUGCUCCCAACCCCACAUAUGUUUUUAUUAUACACCAAUGUCAGUGUGUGAUUUUAGAUGAAUUGGCAGUAGUGGCGAACUCUGAUGCCUGUGUUUCUGAGUCUUUAAAUAAAAAUGACCAUGGAGGCUGUGUGUCAGUAGUGGGCCAAUGUGAGUGGGGCAGCUGUGAGCCUGAGAGGGUUGGGACUCAGGCCCCGCAUGGCACAGAACUGAGGGUCCUGUUUCUGCUGCUGUUCUGUGGCUGUGGAGAGACACCAUGGCCCAGAGAGCUUAUAGAAGAAAGCAUUUAAUUGGCAGCUUGCUUACAGUUUUGGAGUGGUAAUGGAUGGUCAUCAUGGCGGCAGGCAGGCAGGCAGGCAGGCAGGCAUGGGACUGGAGGAGAAGCUGAGAACUCAGCUGCAGGCAGAGGGAGAGGGAGACUGGACCUGGCGUACCUUAUGAAACCUCAAAGCCCAUCCCCAAUGAUAUACCUCUACCGACAGGCCACAUGCAUCCUUCGAAACAGUCCACCAACUGGGAACCAAACAUUCAAAUAGCUGAGCGGGGCCGGGAGAGGGGUAUCAUCAUUCACACCACCAUAAGGGCACGGCAAGCCCGAGCCAGCCCCAACACUCACACUUGUCACCUCCUGCUCCUUCAGGGGGACACAGGCUCUGUGUCUAUCAGGACCAGGCGCUGAGGAACCCAAGAACUUGUGGCCAGCAGUAAGUUGAACAUGAUGUGUACCAAGCAUGCGUUGGACAGUCACUAGUUGGAUAAGCAGCAGCAGCCGUAGAUGCCAUCAGGAAAGGAGUUAGAGGUGUCUAGUUCCCUGCCAGGAGUACACGUAGACUUUUUCAAGUCCUUGUCAUGCAGGGCUGCUAGUAUAGACCCUGGCAGAUCCAGCUCUGCUCUGCUCUCUGGCCCUCAGAUGCUCAAACCAUACAGAGUGGCUUCCUUGAGCACAGGUGAGACCCGUACUGUCACGGAGUGCCACCGAAGCUGAUGCUGUGCUGAACACCAGGACCAAUGCCACCUGGGGCACAGGGCUCACCUCACUUUGCACGGCCAUGUCUCGAUCCUGCACUGAGGAAGGCCAGAGCAGGAGCGCAAGGCAGAAGCGGAGGCGGGAACUUAAACAGGGCCAUGGAGGCGUACUGCUCACUGGAUUUUUCUCCCUGCCUUGCUUACUUAAUAUUAUUUCUUUUCUGUUUGGGAAUUAUAAUGACAUCAUUUUCCCCUAUCCCUUCCUUCCUCCAGAUCUUCCCAUAGACCCCCUCCUUGCUCUUUCUUUCAGAUGCAUAGCCUCUUUUCUCAUUACUUGUUGUUACAUACAUAUAUGGAUAUGUGUAUAUGCAUAUGUAUGCAUAUCUCCCUGUGUAUAUAUGUAUAUGUGUAUAUACAUACAUAUAUGUGUAUUUUUUUCUAAGUACAUAAAUGUAACCUGUUCAGUCUGUAUAAUGAAAGUUACGUGUAUGUGUGU